AUGUCCGUGAGUCCCUCCAGAUCAGAACACCUCAAGAAACACCAGCGGAAACCCACAGGGAAGAAAUCUCACUGCUGCUCUGAGUGUGGGAAUAUAUUCAACUCUUCAGCAGACCUUAAAAGACAUAUGAGAAUCCAUACAGGAGAGAAACCUUAUAGCUGUAAUCAAUGUGGGAAGAGUUUUACUCACUCAAGCUGCCUGAAGGUACAUUUGAGAACACACACAGGAGAGAAACCUUAUAAAUGCGAUCAAUGUGGGAAGAAUUUUACUUCAUCUAGCCAGCUGACUAUACACCAGAGAACACACACAGGAGAGAGACCGUACCGCUGCUCUGACUGUGGGAAGAGUUUUGUUUCGUCCCAAUAUUUAGAAUCACACCAGAGAACACACACAGGAGAGAAACCUUAUAGCUGUUAUCAAUGUGGGAAAAGUUUUAAUCACUCAAGCAACCUGAUGGUACAUUUGAGAACACACACUGGAGCAAAACCUUAUAGUUGCGAUCAAUGUGGGAAGAGUUUUACUCAGCCAAACAUCCUGAUGUCACAUCAGAGAACACACACAGGAGAGAAAUCUUAUAGCUGUGAUCAAUGUGGCAAGAGAUACGCUGGUAAAAGAACUCUGAUUAAACAUCAGAAAGUACAUACAUGAAGGAGUUGUUUCAUGAUUAUCAAUUAAAUAAUGUCACAAUGUUUUAACAUUGUUGUAUGACUAUUUUAAUGAAUUUCACAAUGUAGAACCCUAAACGUUUGCCCCCUGUUCUAUUGAUUUCAACGUGAUAUGAAUAUUACCCUCAUCGGGAAAAAUUCAGGCUCUGAAAUGAGUUGUGUUACACUUACCACGUUGGCGACCCACUUGAAUCAAAAUGCAACACUUCUAAAUGUAUCUAGCUGUUUUCUACAAAUUGUCCUCUGACC